UUUUAUCAAUCAAAAAUUUUUAUAAUUGUGUGAAAUUAAAAAAUUUUAAUUUGGCUUUUUGGAUAAUCGUACCAGAUUUCUGGAAAAGCCAAAGAUUUUAUAAGUAAAUUGUUAUACAUGUGCUAAAAAAUGAAACAAGCAUGUUUCGGAAUACUAUCAAAAUUAAGUGUUUUUAUUUUAGUGGUACUAUUGGAUCUUAACAAGACUUCCGUUUAUGGUCAAAAUUUAAACACGUUAAGCGCACCUUCAACAACACCCUCAAUUUUUGACGAAAUUACUUCAUCUUCGGAAUUCACCCACAAUAAUGACUCCCUGGUAUCAAAUGUGUCUGAUAUAAGUUCAACCAUUGAAAUUCCACAUGCCAUCGAGGAUGAUUCAUCAGAAAUAUCCAAUCGUCUGCUUACAGCCGUUUUAGCAGAGAUGGUAAACACGCGAACGCCAAAUGACACGAAAUCGGAACAAUCCGAUAAUUUGGAAACAUCAAAAUCAGACACAAUUCAAACUAUACCGAUUGAUACGAUUACAGUCGAUUCUGAUGACGAUGAAAAAGCCCGAUUUUCACGUUCGAAUGAUUCAUCAUCUCCUCAACCCUCAACAAUCAAUACAAUCUUGGAAGCAGAUGAAAAAUUGAAAAGUAGUACCACAGAAACUAUUUUAUUGGAUACGCAAGAACCUCCCAUAAUACAACCGAGAAUGUUUGAGGAAGAAGCAAUAGUUACAGAUAAUCCAAAUGUACAUGACGAACUGGGAAAUCUACCAAAAAUAGUUGAUACAACAUCGAAGAUAUCGAGUACACCGAUCGAUGAAAAUUCUACACGAGGUCGUCGAUUCUUGACACCAAUGUCUACGAACCAGGUCCAUUAUCAAAGAGUACCAUCCUCGAAUAAUCUGGUGGAUGUUUUAAGCAGUCGUUUAAUUGAAUUAUACAUUGCAAAUGUUCAUUCCACCGAAGGUUUGCCAUCACGGGAACUGUUAACAGUACUCCUAAGUCCCUUACGGGUCAUUAUCGAGCAAUCCGUAAACUUAUUAGGUCUAGACAAUUGUCAACUUGUAUGCGAUAAGAAUCCAAAACCAAUUUAUUUGCAUGGCUCAGCAUCGCAGGAUCAACCAAUAAUAUUCGGUCGUGAAGAUGGACAAUCGCGAAUACUUGAUGUAUUCUCAAAAUUGGUAAGCUAUCACAAACAAACCAGUGCAACAAAAACCCCGUGGUUAGAUCUUUUAAGAAUUAUUUCACCGAUUGAUUGUUACAAACCGGAACAAACCGAAGAUAAUUUAAAAUUAGAGGGAUUGGUCAAUAAAUUAAUCAGCAAAUAUGGGCAUACCCAUCAUCACAGUCCACCACAGAUGCCGAUUAGAGUACCAUUACGAACAAAAUCGCCACAAAUGAUGGGAGAUAUACCGCAAUAUCAAUUACCGGUGUAUCAAAAACAACCGAUUGAUAUGCCAUUAUGGCCAUCAAUAAUGCAAAAAUUACCGAUGGUUCCUACUUAUCCAAGACCUAAUUUAGAAUGGCCACAAUUUCAAGUACGUUUACAAUACACAAUUCCUCAACAAUUUUCACCAUAUCCAAUGCCACACGUUCAAAUUCGACCAGAAAUAAUGAUACCAAAUAUUAAUAUUAUGCCAUGGCCUGGCAAAUCUGUGGAUUAUAUCACAGGUAUGAAAGUUCAACCUCCCCUUCAAGUAUUACCUCAAAUACGGGAUAAACAAAUGUAUUACCCAUUAUUAAAUAUUUGGCAUAUAAUUGCGAAGCUAAAAGAAAGGGAACAAAUGCUUAAACCAAAAUUCUCGAUUGUUAAAAAAUUACCGCUGUUAACCAUGUUACCAUUGUUGCCUAAAUUGAAACCACUUUUGGCUAAACCAUUUAUGUGGUUCAAAAAACCUUCACCAAUUCCACUUAUACCAAAAUUCAAACCAAUCAUACCAAAACCCUUACAUUGGAUGAAAAAACCUGUGAAAGUUACUAAGUGGCCCUUACCACGUCCAUUUAUACCAAUGUUGGCACCGAUACGUUUCCCAUAUGUACCACAGGAUUCAUCCAAAAUAAUGUUACCCCCAGUACCAAGGUUAAUAUUACCCAGAAAACAGCUUCCAAAUCCAUUGUUACAAGUUAUACUGGGAUUGAAAAAUACACCAAAAUAUCCACUGCCCAAUUUAACACUUCCAAGGUUACCAAAAUAUAAUUUUCAAGUAAAUCUUUUCCCUAAGCCUAAAACAAAUCCAAUUCUUAAUAAAAUCUACACCGUUCUGGGAUUAUUAAAAGCAAAGAAACCUUGUUUGGUAAAAAAAACUAUACAACCACGUUAUCCAAUUCCUAACAUUACCUUACCAUUACUUCCCUCUUCAAACCCUAUUCUUAAUCGCCCUCUAUAUUCCGAACCAAAUCCCUUAUCAAAAAUUUGGAACAAUAGACUGUUAAGAAUUCCUAAAUUGAUUUUACCAAAAUUACCCAUUCUCAAAAUUAAAAAACCUGAAAUACCUAAAUUCCCAUUACCGUUGUUAGAACUUCCUCGACCACAACAAUAUAUCGUCCAACCACAAUCCACUAUUUGGACCAAAUCAAGCAUUUUACCAAAAUUCGAAAAACCAAGCUAUUUCAGAGAAUUAACAGCCAAAAAAGCACUGCUUAUCCCAUUAUUAUCCCAAUUAAUUCCAAAGCCACAAAUACAUAUUAAUAUUCCGAAUAUUAAUUUAAAACCAAUGUAUUACAAACCUAAAGAAAAAAAUUUGAUACCCAAAUUUGUAAAUUUACUUCCAAAUUUAUCAGGUUGGAAUCAAUGGCUAACAAGGUGGAAUCAAAUACAAAUGCCAUUACCAUAUUUACCCCCACUCAAUAAACCGAACAUUUAUAUUUCUCGAAAACCACCCAUGCAAGUACAAUUACCAAAAAUAUCAAAAAUUCAUUUACCUAAAGUACAUGUAGUUCCCAAGAUUCAUCACUUACCCAAAGUCCAUGUUAUGCCCAAAGUACAAAUAAAAACCAAAGUCCAUGUUAUGCCCACAGUACACACGGUAAGCCAAACUCACUUAACUAAGGCAGAAGAAUUGCAUGUCCCAACAAAACCAAAAAACACGAAUUCUCCGUGUAAAGACCGUACUCCUGCCCACAUUUUAUUCCCUAGUCUUAAACAGAAACAAUCUGUGGGUGUGCAUGUAAGUGGGAAAAUUGGCGGGACAACCACAGGAGGAUUUGGUGGCAUUAUUUCAAAAUAUUUAAAUUCACAACCUUCCCCAAAGAUACAAAACUAUCACCCCUAUCAUCCUUAUCCAUCCAUGCGUCCGUCUGUAGCCCCAACCCAACAAACUAUUUUACAUCAGACGUACACUCAAAACCAGGAAAAGGAUAAUCCAGUUAUGAGUCAUCAAAUUCUCCAAACACCAAUGAUACUUUAUUCAAAACCGAUUGUUGCUCCAACUCAUAUCCCAAUGCAAGUGCAUUCUGAUGGUAAAAUUAAUACGAAUCCAAUGAUUUUUAUGUCAAAAUCUGGAGUGUCGACAACAUCGAUUGAUAAAGAUGGUAAUUUAGUUGGAAAAUUGAAAAUAAACGCUAAUGGAAAACCAUGUAUUGAACUGGAUCAUCCAGCGUUACAAAUGAUUGCCCAACAUGAACAAGCUAGUUUGGGUGGUCAAAAACAGGGUUGGUUCGAGCUAUGGUACAAUGAUGGUACGGGACCGGAAAAACGUCGAUGGAAAUUAGUAUGGAAUAAUAAAGAAAUUCAGGAUUUUUUACAUCGCAAAGAAAAUUAAAAGAUUGUAGUGUGAAAAUUAAAUAAACAAAAAAUUGUGAUAU